AGUAACAUAUUAUCAAAGAUAUUAGACACAAACUCUGAAGAAAUCAGUGAAGCUAGGAAUCAUGUUAUAUAUAUUAUAUGUACCAUUUAAUGCUAUCUAGGAAUUUCAUUUAGAUGCAGAGAAUGUUCAUGAAAUAAGUGGGAAGUAGAAUUACGCUGAAAAUUUUUUUUUUUUUCAAUAAUGCUUGAGUCUGAUGAUCAGCCAAAGUUUUCAAAUCUCUUCUAAUGAAAUCUAAAAAUUCCUGUGAAUCGAUCCCAUCAAAGAGUCUUCUACCAGAAUGAAUAGAAAAAUACGAUCUGAUUCUUGUUGGUUAGAAAUAGUAGCUGUGAGUCAUAUACUUCGAUCUACGUUUCAAAAAACUAGCCAUUCUUAAUUAUUGCAUGCUUGUCAGUUUCAAAGACUAUUAUUAAUAUUAUUUCUUUACUUUGUACAAUAAUUCAAGGAAUUUAAAAAAUCAAGAACAUAUGAAUGAACAAUAGAAGGAAAUAUCCUGCAAGCAGUAUUUCUAAGAUAUAAUUUGAUAUCAUGAUAUCAAAAUUUACUUGAAUGAUGACGUCAUCAUAACUUAGAAGCAUCUCUCUCUUACUUUCAUGUUUUCGUAGCCUCUCCUCUAGUUCCUAAUAACGUAACAAAUGGACAAUUUUUUACCAUUUUUAUUCACAGAAAAUACACGUUGUGGUACUUAGUGGUUGAUGGGGAAACAUAUUAACUGAUCUGAGGGGGACAGGUUACAAGAGAUAGAAGAAUGUGAAGUGGGACCCACAUGUUUCUAUAGUUUGGACUCUACAGAAUUCUCGAAUGUAAGACAAAUGCACGUAAAAGGUCUACUUUUAUCCUUUUACCUUGCUGCAGUUCCUUUUCCACACUUGUCUUGUACGUCGAUCUUGAACUUUAAAAUAGCAAUAUCCCAAGCACACAGAAUAUUCUAGCAAGAUAUAUGAAUACUAGUUUAUAUGAAGAAAACGAACAGAGAAAGAUAAAGAUAGGCAAUCAAUAAAUUCUUCACUUAUUUAAUGAACAUCCUCUGCAUCUAAACGAAAUCGCGAGAUGAAACUAUACGACGAAUAUUAUAUGAGCCAAUUCCGAUUUUAUUCUAUUGUUUGAAGAAAAUGAGGUCAAAAAAAAGCAAAAUUGCUCAAAUGAAAAAAUUGAGUCAGUCAUUCGAUAGAGUAAUUUAAGUGAUUCCCAAAAUCAAAAUUUCCCUACACUUGAUGCGGCAAAAACCGAAUAUAAAUAAGAAUUUUUAAAAAGUUUUAAACAAGUUACUAGCCAAAAGUAUACAUCAGAGCAGAAUCUUUUUUGUUUUCAAAAUAAGUAUUAUCAUAUAGAAGUUGAUAGAUUCAAUACAGAAUCGAUUUUAAAGACCUUCAAUAACCUAUAAUGCUCCAAAUCAACGAAAGAUCUAGCUGUUCGUCUUUAAAUUGAUUGGCAAUUUGAAAGCUCUCUUUCACGGAUUUUUACUUAUUAUUUCACCGAGAAGGUUUAACUUUGCUCCGAAGAAAAUAUUGCUGAGUGAUAAAUCAUUGAGCAGCAGACAGUAUAGUUAUAUGGAAAAGGUUACUUAGUUUCAGGCAUUUAAAUAAGAAAUACCUGACACAUUCUUAGAAAAAUAUAUCAAAAAAAUUGAUACUUAUGAAAACGAUUUUCUAGAGAACCUUCUCUAUUGUCAUCAACAUCUAGUAGUUUGCAAUGCUUGGUGUGACGAUUCAUAUCAUGAAAAAUCCGAUGUUAUGCUAUACAUAUAAUUCUAGUCUCGUCGAAUCAAAAUAUCCUCUAUAUUGCAUUGCGUGAAACAGUUAGCAUAUAUUUUGAGAUUUUCUUCUAAACGGUAGAUUCAAUUGAGCCGUUGUUUUAUCGUAGUUAGAUGAUGCUUAGAGGAAAAAAUUCUCAAGUAAAACGAGCAACAUCUCUUUUGAGAUAUUUACUUGAAAAUUUUGUUCAUAUAGAACGACAAAAAUGUAUUUGAUUAAAAUCUAUUCUAAUCUAAACUGUGCUCUAUCGUUUAAGAAAAAGAUGAAAUUUUUAUGUUGUUUUAUAGAUGAACGAAAUAAAUGGCAUAGAUUAUAGCGGGACACGAUUUGUACAAAGUAUCUGUAAUAGUGAUAUGACGUGAGACAAUAUUUCAGAGAUGAAUCUAAACGAAAAUAAAUCUCACAUUCACAAAUUUCUAGAUCAUUCGUUCCACAAAUGUUGCUGCAAGUUUCAGAAAAUUUUCACUUUUGAAGAGAAAACCGGAUCGAUAAUCAAGUAGCAACCUCAUUGUGAGUCAUUUUAAGGCUUUCAAGUUUUAUAACUACCACAAGAAAUGUGAUAGAAGGUUAGUUUUUUUUCUUUCAAUAAGUUUUUGGAAAUGAUAAGGACAGCAUGAGAAAAAAGAAUUCGUCUACAUCAAUUCAUAAGAACCAGAGCUAUUCUCAAUACACACAUUGAAACAUAAUGGGACAAUAGAUAUGCAAGUUUCUCAUAUGCAUCGUUACAGUUUGUAUCAAUUAGACCUUAUCCUUCUUCUUCCCCGAAUCCCAUCUGUUGUGCAAGGGUACUAUGCAUCGAAAUAUAACAAUCCUUGAUCAAGACGUACCAUAUAUGCAUUUAUAGUUUGCGACUACACUAGGAAGUGAAAUAUGAAUUAAAUAAAAAUCAUUACCUGUGUUUGAAGACGAUGACGUCGAUAAUGAUUUAGAUUUGAAUAAUAAUAACUAUGAGCUUCACUAUAACAAAUGCAAACUUUUAUAAUAAUGAUACAACUUUAAACAAAAUCAACACGAGUUCUAUGAUAAUAACCAUCAUUUUCACUAUAACGACUUCAACCAUCAAGGUGGAAAUGAAGUCUUUUUUCUAAAAAGAUAAUCUUUAUUCGAAUAUUUUUCUAUUUUUUAUGUACAGAUGUAAUGUAUAUAUCUAGUAGAUUUAAUGAAUCAUCUCGUUUAGUAUCAACAGAAUGUUAUGAUGAAAAAAGCUAAUGCAGGAACUGUUUGUGAAGAUAUCAAGAUUGCCAGAUCUUCUGAAAAGUCUAGAAAAUUUUUGAAAUUCGAAUAUUUUUGUAAGUACUUUCUCAUUUUCUGAUCUUGAUAUUUACCCACUCACACACCUACCCUUAAUAAAGCAUAUUCGAAAAAAUUGAGAAUUAUGGACAAUAAUAUCGAAUUUAUAUUAUAUAACCUUUAUUUUUUUUUCUUCCGUAGAAUUUUUUAAUCUACAUAGUAUAUAUGCAGUUUGUUGUUGUACUUUUUUUUGUGAAUGAAUUUCGAGUCAAGUGGACAAGUUCGACAUUAAGUGUCUGUUGUUUUGGUUUUUUUUUCGUAUUAAUUAAACGAUAAAUUCAUUUUAUUGUCUGUCUUUAUAAUGAAAUAUCUUUGAAAAUAAAGUAUAAGUCAAUAAACAGAAAUCCACUGGAGUAUUUGGUGUUAGUAUGUUAACAUAAUAGUUGUUAUUUUAUUAAAAAUUCCUCUUUCUCAAUAACUUCUUAUUUUUAAAUUUUUUAUCUGGCAACUCUGAAAGUUAUACAUAUAGAUAGAGAAAGAGUUAAUCUUGUUUUUUUCUAUUAUUGUUCAUCUCUAUUAUAUUGAUAAGUGUAUAUCUAUGCAAUAAACUGAUGAAUAUUGGAUAAUUUUCGAUUGAGAUAAGUUGUUUCUUUUUCAUCACUGAUAUUGAUUAUGACAGUAAGAAAGACUCAGAAGAAUAGAGAGCAAAAAUUUAUGCGAGAAGCAUAGUUUGUUUAACAUCAAGAAUCGAUGAUCUAUAUGCAUUAUAUUAGUCUAACGAAAAGCAGAAUCUAUCAACGAUUUAAUAGAUAAGUGAAGAAUCGACAAGAAUAGAUAAAUAGACUGUCUUAAUAGAUUAUAUUAUGAUUUGCCGCUUUUUUUUUGUCGAUAGAAAUUUAUCUAAAUGUAUUAUACUAUUCGUUUUAAAGUGAUUUUUCUUUAUCAAAUAAAACAUGGAAAUCUUUUCAAAUGAUGAUUAUUUUAUUAAAAUUCUUCACUUUUUCAGAUGGGAUAGGAUGACCUUAAUUUAUUGCAAACAGUUGAAAAAUAUAGUAACAAAUUUUCUUCUGAAUCUAUUUAAUUAUAAGUUUGUCUCUAGAUAUUAAUUUGGAUCGAUGAUCACAAAUAGCACCGACAUUAACUUCACUUUCACGUAAAAUUAUAUCAUUUUUUUCUACAUCUAAAUAAUUCAAUAUAUAUGUCUAAUUUAAUUAUUUCUUCUUAGGCGCUGAUUGUGUAACAGUUAAUCGUUAUAUAUUUGCUUGUGGUAGAUUUGAUGGAAUAAGUCCUUUAUCAACUGUAGUGCAAUAUGAUAGUCAAAUAAAUCAAUGGACAAAUGUGACAAGAAUGUCUGUUCGACGAUGUUAUUGUGGUUCGGCAUUUAUUCGUGGUCGAAUAGCUGUUAUUGGUGGUUAUGAUGGGACAUCUUUACUUGAUACAGUUGAAGUUUAUGAUAGUGAUAAAGAUGAAUGGACAAUUGAAAGUCAAAUGUUAACACCCAGAUGUGAUUCGGAUUUUGCUUAUGUUACUUAUCAACAACAGCAUAUUUAUACAUGCGUAUGCAUCUAUAAAUAUAUAUAUAUAUAUAUAUAUAUAUAUAUAUAUAUAGAUCAAUAG